AUGGAAUACGUAAACGACGCAACACAGGGACUUGGGAUGGAUGAUGAAUGGCUUCAGGUUCACGAAUGGAACAGAAAGAUUCCACCAAAGAGAGAAUCGUGUGUCCAUAAAGCGAUUCAGUGGCGUGCACAAUUACAGGAUGCUGAGACACCGGCAGUUGCUGCUUGGGAUGGCACGUUGACUUACUCGGAAUUGAUGCGCCAGAUCGACGUAUUUAGUCACGGCCUAAUUGUGCACGGGGUAAAGGGGGGAGACAGAAUUCUGGCCUGCUGCGAGAAGUCGAAAAAUGCUGUGAUCUCAAUGAUUGGAAUGAUGCAGGCCGGGGCAGUCUGGAUACCAUGCGAUCCUGACACGCCCUUUGAACAACUGCAGAUGAUCCUCCAGGAUACAGAACCAGCCUUGAUGGUGGUUACCAAAGCAACUGCUGCACAACUACAUGAGUCUAGACUGCAUCUUCCUCGGGUGGUGACUGUCGAUGAAGUCCUCUCCCUCGGUCAGCAAGCCGACAACGAAACCGCCAAUAGGACCAGCAUUCAUAUGAAUGUCGACAGUGGCAUGCCGGCGUUGAUUAUGUUUACUUCCGGCAGCACUGGGAAGCGCAAUGGGGUAGUAAUCUCUCACUCCGCAAUGGUGACCGCAGCAUUGUCCUACGCAAGUACCCUGGAGCUCGGCAUGAAUUCUCGGAUGAUGCAAUUCACGGCCUUUGCCUGGCUUCCCUGCACCGUCGAGAUCCUGGCUACCUUGAUGCAAGGCGGACAGGUUUUUAUUCCAUCGGAGUAUGAUCGUCUGAACAAUGCCAGUCUGUUCAUGAAAGAACAUGCCAUCAAUGUUGCUGUGAUGACACCAACGUUUGCGGCAACCUUGGACCUGGAGAGUCUGCCUGCCCUCCGCGUGCUGGGGCUUGGGGGUGAGAAGGUCUCUCAAGACCUUGUCGACCGAUGGAGUCACACAGUCAAGCUGAUACUCUGCUAUGGAUCCACGGAGACCAACCUUUGCAUCUUGGAAUGGAUACCGCCAGGAGACUAUACAACCACUGCGGGCCUACCAUGCGGCUGCCGGGUAUGGAUCACCGACCCAGACGACAUAGACACUCUCGUGCCGGUGGGGAUGGAAGGGGAAUUGAUUAUUGAGAGCCACGCGCUCGCGACAGAGUACCUAAACAACCCCGAAAAGACAGCGAGCAAGUUCGUCAGCAAGACAGCCUGGUCGACGGCCCCUGCUCUUGCUGUGACUGCUCGAUUGUGUCGAACCGGUGACAAGGCUCGAUAUCAUGCAGACGGGAGAAUUAGCCUGCUAGGACGUCUCGAUGAUGCCGUGAAGAUCCGGGGCCAAAAGGUGACUCUUGCGGAAGUAGAACACCAUCUGCGAGGUCUGCUACCAUCCUCUCAAUUGGCAGUGGAAGCAGUGCGCUUCCGAGGGCAAGAAGAUAGUAUGGACCCGGUUCUGGCGGCUUUCAUUGCCAUUGAUAGUACUGAACCCGACGAUAGUACGGCCAAUGCAAUUUUCAUAGAUACAACAACGUCUCUCGACAGCGCGUGGGAGAUACAGCAGAGGCUACAGCCUCGACUGGAUGUACUUGUGCCCCGGUACAUGCAGCCGACGGUGUAUAUCCCGUUAUCAUGUAUGCCGCUGUUACCAAGUGGCAAGAUAGACCGCCGACAGCUUCGUUGCAAGGCAUCGGAGCUGGCUUGGGACGAUGUCAUUGCGGCGCCAUUGGCGGGUUCAUCACCAUCCGAGCAGGCACCAAGAGAUGAAGUUGAGAAAUCGAUUCACCGACUAUGGUGCGAACAACUCCACAUCUCGAAACCGGAAAAGCUGGGCCGAGGUGAUGAUUUCUUCAGAGUGGGAGGAAAUCCGCUCGCUGCGAUCCGAAUGGUAGCAGCUGCUCGCCAUCUGGGAUUGGACAUGCAUGUUCAAAUGAUCUUUGAGCAUCCAACAGUGGAAGAGUUGGCAUCGAUGGUUCGGCCAUUGGCACCGAAUGACAAAUGUUCGUCUUCAUCGGCCCUGGAUGAUACUGAUAUAAUUCGAGAAGAGCCGCCCUCAAUCCCCGGGCAGCAUGGCCUGGAGACAGCUAGGGUUAUCGACACAUAUCCAGCGACGCCGUUGCAGGAAGGCCUCCUUGCCCUGGCAAUGCAGAAGCCGGGAGCAUACACAGUGACCAUCGAGCUUCCUCUCCUGGACAAAAUCGACCUGUCCAGGUUCCAAUGCUCCUGGGAAGCGCUCGUCCGACUUUUGCCAAUUCUCCGCACCCGAUUCCUCCAGGGCGCCCACGGCAUCCGACAGGUCGUUCUCGACGAGGAGCCGGAAUGGUCGGAUAGUCACUCCUUCAACUCAUGGAAGGAUGCUCUAUCAGAGGGUCUUCUCACCGGCAGCAAGCUUCAUGCAUAUACGCUAAAAGACAUGUUGAACGGGACUCGCAGCUUCCAGUGGAUGGUCCACCAUUCGAUUCUCGACGCCUGGUCCAUCGAGCUGAUCUUCCAACUGCUGGAGGCCCAGUAUCGAGGCACGACCCCUCUGCAUCCGAUCAUUGGAAUGCACGGCCUACUGAACCACAUCACAGGAAUGGAUUCAGAUGCUACUCGUGCGUACUGGCGAUCGCAACUGGAUGGCGCCGACUGUCUCGCGUGGCCCCCGUUGCCUCAGCCGGCCUACACGCCCGCGGCAGAUACCACAUGCCGGCAAGAGAUACAGUUCCAGAUGCCUCAAAGUACCAGAUUCACCGUUGCGACUACUCUCCGGGCGGCUUGGGCUGUUCUGCUAUCAAAAUACGCUGGUACUGAAGACGUCGUUUUUGGGGCGACGCUGAAUGGCAGAUCUGCCCCUGUGGACGGCCUGGAAGCCCUAAUUGCACCCACCAUCGUCACAGUGCCGGUUCGCGUUGUUCUUCCACCAACCCAGGGCAUCAGCGAACUACUCGACAAGGUACAGGCGCAGGCAGCGGCUAUGAUACCCCAUGAACAUACCGGCCUCCAGAAUAUCAGACGUCUAUCCCCCGAGAUUCGACGGGCAUGUGAUUUCCAGACACUCUUGCUGGUGCAGGGCCAUUCGCCGGAAAAUGCGUUACGCUUCCAGGGCUCCCCUGCCAGUGUGGCCGACUGGCUAAAUUUUGGCGCAUAUUCCCUAGUGAUGGAAUGCGAGCCUGUCCGAGGAGGUGUGAUGUGCCAUGUCACCUAUGAUGCACUGGUAUUCACCUCUGAGCUUCAGAUACGGAGUCUCAUCGCACAGUUUGCGCAGGUGAUAAUGCAUCUUUGCAAUGGGCAGCAACAGCAAUCUACUAUCAGCCAGAUUAGCAUAUUCUCGGAGAGAGACAGGGAGCUCCUACGAGAGCGUAAUAGUCACAUCCCACGAGCAGCAGAAACCUCGGCUCCCUACGAGUUACAACGCCUGGUCACGGCCGGAUCCUCAGACCACCUGGCGGUCGAGGCUUGGGAUGGAAGUCUGACAUUGCAGGAGCUGGAUGAGAAAUCAACCCUUCUCGCUGCGUAUCUGGUCCGAGAAUUCCGAAUUGGGCCCGAAGAUAUUGUUCCCAUUGUCUUUCCCAAGUCAAUCUGGGCAGUUAUUUCCAUGCUGGCUGUGUGGAAAGCUGGAGCCGCAUUUGCCCCUGUGGAUGGCAGUCAUCCAACAAGCUGGGUUCAACACAUGGUGAGUCAAUGCCGGUGCAGUGUGCUGCUCAGCGCAGCCUCGGUGCUACCCAGCUUGCCAAAGAUGGCAUCGGCUUCUUGUCUCACUGUGGAUGGCACAUUACUGCUGGAUCUAUGUUGCCAGCGGACAGAGCAUGCCCUGCCCUCCCCAACCCAGAUCAGCCCAUGGAGUGCCGCUUAUGUGAUUUUUACGUCUGGAAGCACCGGGGUCCCAAAAGGAAUCAUCCACACACACAGCUCCUAUAUGUCGAGUGUACAAGGCCGCCAGGCCAUGAUUCACAAGCGUGGCGAGCGAGUCCUGCAAUUUGCGUCCUUUAGUUUCGAUAUAUGUAUCGAUGAUAUCUGGACGACACUGCUCAUGGGAGGCACCGUCUGUAUCCCAUCGGACGGCGAACGAGAGAAUGGAUUAGUUGACUUCAUCAACCGAGCUCGCAUUACAUACGCCGAAUUGACACCGUCACUGGCCCGUUGCCUCCUGCCUGCGUCCCUGCCCUCCCUGAAAUACAUGGUGCUCAGCGGGGAACCUUCUACCAAACAGGACAAGGCUAGGUGGCUCGAAUCGGGAGUCACUGUGCUGGACGAGUAUGGGCCGGCCGAGGUGGCCAUUAAGUCCAAUAUCAAGAUAUUCCAGCCUACCUCCGGUGCCGAUGACAAGGGGCACCCAAGGGGAUGCAUUGCCUGGAUCACGGAGCCGGGGAAUCCACAGAAGCUGCAGGGGAUUGGGGCCUUGGGCGAGUUGUUUCUCGAAGGGCCAAUUCUUGCCCGUUCCUACCUGAACGAUCCCGUCAAGACGGACCUCUCUUUUAUCUAUAAUCCAGAGUGGCUGCCGGUGAAAGCCCACGGGCGUCGUCGCAUGUACCGCACGGGUGAUCUCGCUUCAUAUGGGCCCGAUGGAUCCGUCUACAUUCAUGGGCGACAAGACACACAGGUUAAACUAAACGGUCAACGCGUGGAACUCGAGCAGGUGGAAGGUCGUCUCAAUGCGCACUUGGGAUACGAAUGGCGCAUUCUUUGCGCUGUGGCACGCCUGCCAACCGCCCAGUCCACGGACGAACAGCGGCUGGUGGCAUAUCUGGCCGGUGUAGACGACGGCCUUGAUCACUGGAAAAUACGAGACGUUAUGAAAGGCAGAUGCCGUGGCCUCUACAAAAAGCUGUCACUGGAGCUGCCCCGGUUCAUGAUCCCUACAGCCGUAAUCGUGGUCGAUCGAAUGCCACUCAACAAGUCCGGGAAAAUGAACCGGGAUCUUUUGAAAGCACGGGCGAGCACAGUCAACGCGGAAUCGGCCAUUUUCUUGCGUGCCAUUGACGAUGCUGCGCAAUGCACGCAAGAGGACUCCUCUCCGUGGACAGAUAUGGAGAAGGUCGUCCAGAGCUUGUGGCGGCAGACACUGGGGCUGGGGGACGAGCACAUCAUCCACCGUCACGACUCCUUCUUUCGCCUGGGAGGAGACUCGAUUUCCGCCAUGCGCUUGGCUUCCCUGGCGAGCCAGGAGCCGUUUUUGAUUGGUAUUACCGUGGCAGAUAUAUUUCGUAGCCCGGUACUGGCCAAGAUGGCCAUGGUAGCUGUGCGUCAAGCCCGGAAGGGCAUUGUAACAUCCGCAUCUGCCCUGUCAGCAACCCCCUUUGAGCAGGUAGGUCCUCGAUUCGCUCUGCAGGGCCUUCUGGCAUCAAUAGCACGGUCCUGUAAUGUUUCGGAAUCAUCCAUUACCGAUGUCUACCCGAGUUCAAGUAUCCAGGAAGGCAUUGUUGCAGUGUCUUUGAAACGGAGUGGCUUCUACAUGGCGCAACACGUUUUUCGCCUCCCUCGCGACGUGGAUGUCGAUCGUCUCAUCCAGGCAUGGUUGACGGUGAUAGCACGGACUACUAUCCUUCGAACACGUUUGGUUCAAUACGAAGAGCGUCUGUGGCAGGCUGUCGUGAAUGAGCCUGCCAUCAUCGAGAAGAGCAGCUCAUCCCUGGACACGUACUUAGGGCAAGACCGACUCAACGUGAUGGCACUGGGACAGCAGAUGUCUCGCCAUUCAAUCGUUACGGGAUUGGAAUCAGAUAAUGAUAACGGUGAGACCUACCUGGUGUGGUCCAUUCAUCAUGCGCUGUAUGAUGGCUGGUCCCUCAGGCUCAUCCUCCAAGCCGUCAACUCGGUGUAUCUCGGCCAGACUGCCUGGUCACCCCCGGCGGAAUAUCGAUGUUUUAUAAAGCAUUUAGCAGCAGCUGUUGAUGCAGACGCCGCACAUAGCUAUUGGCAUGCCGUGCUUGCAGGCAGCAGCGCAACAUGCUGUCCCUAUCCUCUACUUUCCUCCCCGUCGUACCAGCCCAGUGCAAGUGCUUCAGCCAGACGCCAAUGGACGCUGCCUCGAUCCCGACCACCAAGCACGACGCUGGCCUCCAUUCUAUGCGCAUCCUGGGUGCUGGUAUCCGCUGUAUAUGCAGAUUCGGACGAUAUUGUCUUUGGCCAUACCGUCAACGGUCGGAAUAUCCCAUGCAGCAAUGUGAUCGAGAUAGAGGGUCCAGUCUUCACUACAGUCCCGUUCUCAGGGCACGUAUCGCUCGAAUGGAAACCGUCGAGACGUUCCUGCGGAGAAUCUACAAUGAAACUGUCAACAUGGUCCCUCACCAGCACCUGGGUCUGCAGAAUAUUGCCCAACUGGGGGCCGACUGCCAGGCAGCAUGUAGAUUCAACACGCAGUUGGUUAUCCAGACACCAGAAGAUCCCCAGUCUUACAGCCGGUGUAUGGGAGAGCGAGUGCAGCACCUGA